GUCUUAGCUUCGGAUAUUAAAGGGAGAUAACCAUAAAAAAAAACUCGCGCAAAAAAAAAAAAUAAAUGGAAUUUCCGAGCUGUUGAAAGAGCAUUUUCAUUGUGAUAAGAUUUAGGCAGGAAAAGAAAAAAGAAGCGAUAUGUUUGGAGGUGCAGGAGGUGGAAGCGGUGGAAGCGGUGGAGGCUUUAGUUUUGGUACCCCAACAACUACCACUGGCUCCACAGGCUUGUUUGGUUCUACACCUGCAGGUGGUGGGGGAGGAUUCUCAUUUGGAACACCAGGAGCAGCAGGUGCGAGUACCACCACAGCAACUCCUAGUGGAGGAUUUGCUUUAGCAGGGGGAGCACCAGGAUCAACUGGUGGAAGUUUUAGUUUUGGAGCAACAGCUACUCCUGCUUCCAUGCCAGCAGGUGCCGCAACUAGCACAGGAACCGGUUUUAGUCUCGGACAACAGCCAGCCAGUGAGUCUUUAGGUGUCAAUCUUCGUACAAGUACUGGAGGAUUCAACUUUGGUGGAACUCCUGGUGUAACCCCUGGUGGAACCCCUGCAUCCACGGCAGCUGCUCAAGCAUUUAGUUUGGCAAAAACAACAGCUCCCACAGCUUCAACAGCAGCAGUUGGUGGAUUUAAUUUUGGUGGUGUUGGGAGCACACCAACACUAGCAUCAAGUGGGGGAUUAAGUCUGGGUGGUGCUGGAACAACCACAGCUAGUGGAGGACUGUUAGGAGCCCCUGCUACAACAUCUGCAGGUAACCCAUUGUUAACAGGGUUACUUGGUACUACACAAGCUGCCACAUCUGCUACUUCUAGUGCCCCAGCAUCUGGUUUCACUCUUGGUAGUGUUCAAGCUACAACAACAACAUCAGGGUUUGGAUUAAAAGUUGGCACACAGGCCACCACAGCAACAACAUCGAGUGGUCUCACUUUAGGUGGUGGGGGACUAACACUAGGAGGUGCAGGUUUAAAGCUUGGUGUCCCAGCAUCUGCAACUACAACAGCUUCUGCUGGAGGGUUCGGGUUUGGAGCGACUGCUACAACAACUUCAGCAACCUCAGGGUUCGGUCUUGGCACAUCAACAACUUCGACAGCUGGAGGGUUUGGACUUGGUGCCACAGCUGGUACUGCAAAGCCAGCUGUUCCUAGUUUACAGAUGAACUAUCGACAGCUAGAAGAUCAGAUAAAUAAAUGGAUGACAGAAUUAGAUGAGCAGGAAAGACUGUUCCUACAGCAAGCUACCCAGGUUAAUGCCUGGGACAGACUUUUAGUAGAUAAUGGGGAAAAGAUCACUCAGUUAAAUGGGGAUAUGGAGAGGGUGAAAGUAGACCAGAACAAGUUAGAACAAGAAUUGGACUAUAUUAAAACCCAGCAGAAAGAGUUAGAAGACCUAUUGUGUCCACUAGAGAAGUCAUUAGAACAGUUACCAAGUAUAAGCUUACAACCCCAUGCUGAUCUGGAACGAGAAAACACAUAUCAAUUAGCGGACAAUAUUGAUGCACAGCUGAAGAGAAUGGUACGAGACUUGAAGGAGAUUAUUGAUCAUCUAAACACAUCCAGUAGCUCCCAGGAUAAUAAUGACCCUAUCUUACAGAUUACAAAGAUUCUUAAUGCUCAUAUGGAUUCCUUACAAUGGAUAGAUACCAAUUCAGCAUUAUUGAACAGAAGAGUGGAAGAUAUCAGUAAGCAGAUGGAAAGUCAGAGGAAAGACCAAGAAAGAAACUUUAGACUGGUGUAUGACUGAUAAUGCAGACUGGUUUAACUAAAUUUGUGUAACUGGACUGGUUUAUAAAUAACACAUCAGACUGGUUAAUAACUUUUUUAGUCUGAAAACACUCUGGUUUCAUCAGAUAAGACAAAAUAUAACAAACAUCUUGCUUUAAGACUGGUUUAUUGUUGAUAAAAUAGAUAGUAUAAUGUGACACUGUUAUCAUCAUUUUUUAAAUUCAAUCAUAUGUUAAAAGUUGUGGUUUAUGAAAGUUUGAACAUUUCAUUGGAUAUUAGAAUUAUUCCCGAAACAGUAAAAUUAUUAUGUAACUAUGUGUCUCUGGUUGAAGGUUAUAUGAAUUCCCGUGAGAGAUGUAAGACUGAAAAAUGCACUUGUCUUGAGGUAAAAUAUACAAAGUUUGCAGUAGGGGUUGAAUAAAGUUUAAAAGUUUUCCUACCUUGACAUUCACAAGGCUUAAGCUCAUCCUUUGGAAAAAAAUGUAAAUUUCUAAAAUGGCUAUAUUUAAAUCAAUGUGAUUUGAAAAAUGUAUAAUCUCUUUAAUGGGGAUUAAUUCUUUCAAAUAACUCUAAAUGGUAAGAAAGAUAGUUAAGACAAAUGAUUCAUCAAAUCACAAUGAAAGAUUACUGAUUACAAGAUUCUUUUAUUUUCUCUCCUUGAAAAUUUAAGAAGCUUUAUUAUUGUAUGUAUUAAUUGAAAUUCAUGAGAUAAAUUUUGAAUGUAUAUGUUCAACCCUUAAACUGCUGGAACUGAAAGUGAUAAGCCUUUGCCACCAGUAUAAAGCCAGACCAACCUGCAUAUCGUUGCAGACUGACCAGGUUUUAUACUGUCAGUGUUGGUAACUCAAUUUUUGGCUUGAUUAUUUGGUGAAUAGAGAGAACUAUUGUACAUACCAAGGCAUUAGUGUCAGUGUCACACUUUGGGUUAGGUUCUGUACUCUAAAACUACUGAAGACCUCACACACUUUUCUGAGAGCAUACUAGAAGGUCAUUAUCCAAGGCCCAUAACUCUUACUUGGUUUUGAUAGAAUUAUGGCCCUUUUUGAACUUAAUAAACUUGAAUAAAAAAGAACAUUAUCCAGACUUGUUUAACUUUCAAGCACUAUACUGUCCUGACAGCUCUUGAAUUUUUUGUAUUUUGAUAUUGAAAUCCUUUAAGUAUUGAAUGGACUUUUCCAUAUUCAAAUCAAAUCAAAACCAUUACUCAAUUUCAGCCGGUUAAGGGUUUGUAUAAAAUUUGUCCUAACAUCAUCAAGAAUGUAGUCAGUGAGCAAUGUUAUUUUGAAAAUGAACAGUUAAAACUUUUUUAAAAUUUUUGAAUGAUUUGGCCUUUGAUAUGAAUAGCAUGUGAUAAAAAAAAUGGUAUAUGGUGAAAUUCUAUAGAUACUGACAUAAAACGCAUCCCAGAAAUGUAAACUUUUCACAAACUGGAUAUCUUAAUGCUUUCUUAGCCUAAAUAGAAGCAUUUUUGCAAUAAUUACUAGGCAUCGGUCAAAAAAAAGUUUGACAUUGUUAUAUCACUUUAACUGAUCUUAUGACUAUUGAAGUUAAAUAUGUGUUCUGUGGACAUUGUCAUGCUAUGUUUUAUAAAUAAAUAAAAUCGAAACACACAA